AUGGCCACUGUAGCGUCCACUACUGCAGCAAGGUCAUCCGAGCGAAUGUACAUCAAUCGCUCGGAUGGUUGGCUAGGUGAACUUACUAAGCGAUCACUAGAUGACCACGAUGAAGUGCAAUUUUUCCAGGAUGGAUUAAACACUGGCGCUCGUAUUCUAGGUGACGGCCGGGUAGAUAUCAAUAUUGAUCAGCACAAACCGCACCUUUCAGGGCUAUUAAACCACAUCCAGCACCCGGAUAUACAUUCUACCCGAGAGGCCGAACGCACCGCCAGUGCAGAACGACCUUACUUGAAGGAUGAGCAUUUUCCGCUGCACUUAAACCUCGUCAUCCAAGUUAUUGGUUCCCGAGGCGACAUUCAACCGUUUGUUGCACUAGGGAGAGAACUGAAAGCACACGGUCACCGAGUCAGAUUGGCCACACAUUUAACUUUUCGCCAAUUCGUUCUCGAUAGCGGUCUGGAGUUUUUCAAUAUCGGAGGGGACCCAGAGGAGCUGAUGGCUUACAUGGUCAAAAAUCCGGGCCUUUUACCGGGGUUGAAGGCAAUACGCAGCGGAGAUAUCCAGAGGCGUCGGCGUGAGAUGAGGGAGAUAUUUAAUGGAUGUUGGAAAUCUUGCUUUGAAAAAGGUGACGGGACCUACAUUCACCAAAUUAAGGAAGAUCCAUGGAGUGAGACUUUGGAUUAUCGACGACGGCCCUUUGUGGCGGAUGCUAUUAUAGCCAAUCCUCCUAGCCUGGCCCAUAUUCAUUGCGCGCAACGACUGGGCAUCCCUCUCCAUAUUAUAUUCACAAUGCCCUGGUCACCAACCCAGUCUUUUCCCCACCCAUUAGCGAAUGUUCACCCCCGGAACUGCAAGCCGACUAUUGCAAAUUUCAUGUCCUAUAAUGUUGUCGACAUGAUGGUAUGGGAAGGCUUAGGAGAUAUUCUAAACACGUUUCGCAAAAAUACCUUGUCGCUCCAACCUCUGGAUACAAUGACUGCCCCCAACAUACUAAACCGACUACAUGUGCCUCAUACGUAUCUAUGGUCACCUUCAUUACUACCUAAGCCCUCUGAUUGGGCUGAUAAUAUCGAUGUAUGCGGCUUUAGCUUCCUCCUAUCUGAGACCAACUACACACCACCAAACGAAAUAACCACAUUUCUCAGCGCAGGACCAAAGCCAAUAUAUAUUGGAUUUGGGUCCAUCGUAGUUGACAAUGCUGUCGAAUUGACGAAAAUUAUAUUUGAAGCUGUCAAAAAGACCGGACAGCGGGCUCUUGUCUCAAAAGGCUGGGGAAAUCUGGGGGCAGACGAAGUGCCGGACAAUAUCCUUAUGAUUGGAAACUGCCCUCACGAUUGGCUAUUUCGGCAGGUUUCAUGUGUGAUCCACCACGGUGGUGCUGGCACCACAGCGGCAGGCCUCGCGCUAGGUCUGCCGACGAUAAUUGUCCCUUUUUUUGGAGACCAGCAAUUUUGGGGAAAUAUCGUCGCGCGGGCUGGAGCUGGGCCACCACCCAUACCACAUAAACGUCUGAACCUGCAGAACCUCUCAGAUGCAAUACAGAAAGCACUAGACACAAGUACUCUAGAGAGGGCGCAGGCAAUCGCGAGGAAAAUGCAGGAAGAGUCCGGCGUGCGCCAUGGGGUGGAUAGCUUUUAUCGAAAUCUUGACACCCAGUCAUUCAGGUGCUCUCUAAUCCCGAACCAGCCGGCGGCUUGGCAUCUCAAACAUACUAAAGUCAACUUGAGUGCCUUUGCAGCAACGGUUCUAGUGAAAUUAGGGAAGAUUAGUCCGGAUUCACUCGUGCUUCACCGUGCAAUGGAAUAUGAUACAUUCCUGGACCCUCCCGACCCACUUACUGCUAGUGCUCAGUUUUUCUUUGGGUUCAUUACGAGCUUCGUGACUGGGCUUGUAGAUGCGCCAAGAGAGAUUGUGCAUGAUCUUGUUUCUACUGCUCGUGGAAUGCACCAACCCCAUGAACAUUUUGAUCGCCGCGCAGCAUGUCAAGCAGCAAUCUCUUCGCCGGUUCAGUCAUCCCCAGAGAAUAGUAAUGAGAGCGAGGAAAUACAAAUCCAAAAUGAGGGCGGGCAAUUUCAGAUUGAGAAUGAUGAACCGGGAAAUAGAGAAAUCCGAGAAGAGGAGAGUACACAGGAAGAUACUACCGAUGAGGACAAUGAAAAUGAUGUCAACGAGAUCACUCGAACUCGGAGCCUAGAGCGGAAAAGGAAUCUUCAGCUCGAAAAGUCCAAGACAAUGAGCAGCUCGAUGACACCCUCAAAACCACCUAAAUUCACUAUUCUACACGAAGUUGCGAUACACGGAAGUCAAAUGUCGAAGAAAGUGUUGAAGGUAAUCAUAUGGUUACCAACCGAUUUGUCACUAGGCAUGGCCAGAGGUUUCCACAACGCGCCCAAAUUAUAUCACGACACAACAGUAAACGACGUCCCCCAGGUAGUCAGUCUUCGAAGCGGGUUCAAGGCGGCAGGAAAGGAGCUCAAAGAUGGAUUCCACUUCGGUCUCACAGGCCUAGGAACACACCCUCGUGAUGGUCUCAAGCAUGGAGGUACUAAGGGGCUCCUCAAGGGGGUCGGAAAAGCGGUUGGUGGGGUGUUUCUCAAGCCGACAGCAGGUAUGUAG